UAAGACUUGUGAAUAACGUAAAUAACUUUGAAACAUGUAAAAUUACCAUUAUAAAUCAUUAUCAAGAUAGGGUUAUUUAAACACCUCAGUUACCAGUAUAUUGCCAGUUUUCAUUUGAAAACUACCAAACUGGCAUCAAAAAUGAAGAAAAUUGUGUGCGUAUUUUUCUGCCUUUUCGUCGCUUUUCAAUUGGUUGAUGGUUACAAUCGAUCCGAAAUUCGUGAAGGCAAUUGUUUGCAUAUAGGUCCCCACUUCUACUAUAAGGAGUAUAUUUACAGAUAUGGAUUCCCUUUUAUCACGAGAUCAGCUACACUCACGUAUUAUGGUAACGGGAAAAUCUACUGCAUCAUGGCUAUUACUCCGAGGGAUGCACCAAAGGGUUCAACAGUCAGAAUUAAGAAAGGUGGUCUCAACCAUACCUUCGUAGAGCUGGAAUUCACCUCCAGUAAACACUAUGGUUUCGAAUACAUCGUAGAAGUUAGUGCAAGAUAUUUCUAAUUCAAGUUGUUUUUAUUAAUUUACAGAUAUUUUCAUGUAUUAAAUUUUUUAUAAAAUACAAACUGUAACAAAAAAUAUCUGCUAUUAAUGGAGAUAAUGAAGAGUCCAUUGUUCUGUGGUUUUGUUUUAUCGUUUUGUUAUUUAAAUGGAAUAGUAAUAUAUAAUAAAUAAAAACUACAUAGAAUAUUAAUAAAUAUUAUUAAUUUUAUAAACUAUAUAAAAAAACUUCUUAUUGUACAUUUAUUGUAAAAAAUAAUUUCAAUACAAGUAUAUUAUUAGAUUUAUCACAAGUUUACCAAUUUUAUUACAGUAUAGAAAUAAAAAAUAAUUUGUUAAUAAAAUUAUAUGUAUAUAGUACGGAUAUUUUUUAUUUAAAUAAAAUAUCAAAUAAAAAUUGAAUGUAAAAAGACUAAGAAAUGAUUUCUAAAAAACAAAAAUAUUAAUUAUAGUGAAUUACAUAAAUAUUAUAAAAAUAUGAUUUGGAAUUUUUCCAAACAACCAACAAAUUCCUGGGAAAUACAUAAAAUAAAAGAUUUGUUAACGAAUAAAAA